AUGGCUACUGCUCAACCCAAUCUCCUCAGCUUCCCCAGCACCGAUGCUCUGGCGGAGCAAUUGCGGCCCUACGUCCUCCGCUGCCAGGCUGCUGCUUUAGCCCGCCACGAUACCUUCCGCAUUGCCGUCUCUGGUGGCUCCCUGCCCACCGUACUGGCGCGCGCCCUGCUGGCUCCCGGCAAUGGCUCCCCCGAUGAUACUCCGCAGUUCGACAAAUGGCACAUCUUCUUCGCCGAUGAGCGCGCCGUGCCCCUCGACCACAAGGACAGCAACUAUCUCCUGCUCAAGGACGAGUUGCUGAGCAAGAUCCCCGCGGAGCUCGGAGCCCCGACCGUCCACCCUAUCGACGAGAAGCACGUCCACGAUGAUGACCCCCAGGAGUUGGCCGACCUCUACCAGGAGGAUCUGAUGCGAUCUUUCGCUGCCAAGGACAGCGUCAAGCUGCCCUUCUUCGACCUCAUCCUCUUGGGCUGCGGCCCGGACGGUCACACCUGCAGUCUGUUCCCAGGCCACGACCUGCUGCGCGAGAAGGACGCCUGGGUGGCUGCCGAGAGCCACUCUCCCAAGCCCCCGCCCAAGCGUAUCACUCUUACUCUCCCCGUCGUCACCUCCGCCAUCAACAUUGCUUUCGUCGCUACCGGUGCCGGCAAGAAGGAUAUCAUGAAGGCGAUUUUCGAUACGGAGGAAGGACGUAGCCUUCCCUCCGCUCUGGUGAACCAGGGUGGUGGUGAGAAGGUGUGCUGGUUCACCGACCACGCGGCAGUGGAUGGCGUCUCUUUCCCUCGCCGCGGCAACCUUUGA